CGCGAGAAAGGUUGUGAGUGAGACUGUGCUCUGACGUCACAAAAAAGCCCGCGAAUCGUGUUUAACGUAGAAAUAAUUUUUUUUUGCUACGGACUCGUGCAUUUUUAGAAAAAAACUUUUGUUUGAUUUUUUUUUAAUUUUGUUUAUUGAAAGUUAAUUUGUGUAUAAGUGGUGUUAUUUAUCAGGGAGUUUCAGAGGAGUGUAGGAAGGAUGCUAUAGUGAGUGACGUCAUGCAACCAUGUCUACGAGUCGCCACAGAUCGCGUCGCAGCUGGUGGAAGUCAAGGCUUAUACUGGCAGCCAUCACACUGGCAAGCGCUAACUCCCAGGAUAUAUCGGCGUGCUGCGAUAAAGCCGUUGGGACAUGUCGGAGUGUGUGCGAGAAGAUGUCCCUCGUGGAAAUAGCCUCUGACUCUGCUAUGCGGGAAGAGAGAAUACAAAAUAUUUACAAGUUUUGUAUACCGAAUUUGAUAGAGUUCUGGAUUUGUAUGAACCAAACUAUUCAAGAGGUGGUGUCCGGGUCUGGGUGGUGGGGCAGGGCGUGCUGCUCGCUGGGCCACUCGCCGCGCUGUCGGCGCGCGUGUGCCACCGCCGCCGACAGCGCGGCUCUGUCCGAGCCUUGCCGCCGGUCCGACGAGAUCGCCUUCUUCGACUGCGUGCAGAGGCAGCAGGAAGCGCAGUGGUGCUGCUCUCAAACACAAUCGCUAAGCUGUCACGAAGCCUGCCAGCGCGCGGUGUGGCGAGUGGGUCAGACGCGCGCAGACAGCGGCGUGCGGGAGAAGGCCAUGGAGCUGUGCGAGCAGUCGCCGCCGUUGCUGCAUUGUCUGCGAGACCUUACUGCGUCCACUGUUCACACUGACACAUCGAAAUAUCUACCAUGCUGCCACGAAUCUCCAAGUCAAGAAUGCAGAAGCACCUGCGAGACGGUACUCCGACGUACUGGCGAGUCUCAAGAGAUAGCUGAAGCGCUGUCUCUAGAGUGUGGGGCUCCCGCAUUGCAUGACAACAUGUGGCAGUGUUUCCUCAGGAAGGAUGCGCCGCCUGAAACUAAGGACGUGAUCCCGCAUGAUGUUGCUAAGCUGCAUUGUUGUCAAAAGGGAGUAACAAUAAAUUGCCGUAGACUAUGUUUCAAUACGUUCAACAAUGGCUGGCAACUAAAUUGGCAGAAAUUUUAUACAGAAUGCCUCGGUGAUCCACAGGAAAUGGAAAUGGCUGAAUGUAUAGAAGAAGUGGAAGCACCGUGCACUCUCGGUUGUUCAGGAUUAACAUAUUGCAGUCAAAUGAACAACAGACCUACAAGCUUGUUCCGGUCAUGUUCAUCUCAGGCCGACCUUGACGCACAUUCCGCUGUAGCAGAGCAAAAAGGUAGCGGAUAUGUGACAGUAGCCGGACUUCAGCUACCGUUAAAGAAUUCAUCUCAAUGCACGACUGAUGUGUGGAAGAGUGUUGCCUGUGCGUUGAAUGUUAAACCAUGUACGGCGAAGGGUCACAGUAGUCUGCUUUGCAUGGAGGAUUGCAUAAGAUUGGUCUCGUCUUGCGUCGAAUGGUCACGCGCUUCACUCUCUGCCACAGCGCUGUGUGCCAGACUUGCUCCGUCCAAUGAAAAUGCACCAUGCGUCGCUUUGAGGGAAUUUAUGGCUCCUAGCAUUGACCCACCUCUACUAUCUGCUUUGGAAGUGGUCACAUCUCCUUGCGCGGGAUCUCCAUGCAACGGAACCCAAGUUUGCGUCGUCAACAGGAAUUGUCUUCAAGGAGGCUCAUGUGCUAAAUAUACCUGCAUCGAUGGAUGCCCAUUAGGCGACGGAAGUUCCUAUAUAGUUCCAAUUGGAUCUUGGGUGAGGGUGCCCAUGACUUGUGCUUCCCAGAAAGUUUGCAUCAAGAUCUGUCGGUGCAGCAAUCGAGGCUUAUCCCACUGUCAGCCAUUGCCCAGCGUGACACUUGAUAACUGCAGGCUACAUGACAAAGUUGUUAAACAUGGUGAGAAAUACUACAUGGAGUGCAACGAGUGCGUAUGUGUGGCUGGCGAGCGCGUGUGUUCGCGCCGGGCGUGCGGACACGCGGCGCUGCUGUCGGGGCUGCCGUGCAACUGUCCGCCGCACCACCUGCCCGUGCACUCGCCCGGCAGACUGUACCCGAACGCCUGCCUCGCCAAAUGUGCAGGAGCAACGGAUGGUGACAUCGACUUUGGGUCUCGAGGAGCGUGUGCGGGCGCAGCUUGCGGACGACACCACGCGUGCCUACCAGCGCGCUCGGUUUGUCUGUCGCGACUACAAACUGCCUGUCCACAGUAUAAAUGCGUGAACAUGACCGCAUGCAGUGCACAACCAACUGUACCAGUUUGUGACACAGAUGGACGCACACAUUCAAACCCUUGCCAUCUUGUCAUGAGUGGAAGAAAACUCGCUUAUUGGGGACAAUGUUUGCGAGGUUGUUCUUCGACUGGCACCGUGUGUGGAGUCAACGGUAUCACGUAUACAUCGGAGUGUGCUGCGUGGACAGAGUAUGUCAGUGUCGAUUACUUAGGACCUUGCUUCGCUGUUGGCCCCAUCUCCGACCGUAUGGAACCCAAGUGUCAGUUUGACAGAAUCAUCUGUCCUGCUUUGAAGAUACAAGGUUGUCUUGGAUUCACUGCUCCUGGAGCGUGUUGUCCCAAAUGUGGUGGAGCUCUGAGGAUCCUUUAUUCCAAAAAGCAAAUAGAUAGGGCAUUGUACGGCACUAACAUAUCAGCAAGUGUUAUUAACUUGCACAAUGUGUUGUCUGCUCUGGAUAGAAACGUCAAAGUAGCACAAUGUGCGUUGCGAGGGUAUCUUACCAUAGAGAUGGAAAUAUUUGUUACCGUUGAAUCUAUUUUGAAAAAUCCAACAGAUUUACAGUUAAAUGUCUGCAUUUUAGAGGCUGAGAGAUUAGCGGAUCUUAUUAACAGAGAAAGUGCUUUGAUAACCAGUGAUUUAGGUUUAAGUGCUCUAUCAUAUGCUUUGAGUGUUCACACACAUCCAACACAAGGAGCUUCUAGUAUAAGUUUAUCAAUAUCUAUUGUUUUAUUAGCAUAUGCAUUAAUUUUCGUUUUAAGAUGAAAUUUUAACGAUUGUAUAUUCUGUAAAAUGUUUGUAAAUAGUUUAUUGUACAUACAAAACGUUUAACACCAAAUAUGUUAGUGUUAUAUUGAGAUUAUGAAAUAAUGCUUUGGUCUGCUUUACCUCGGCACAGUCGUUGUUGUAGAAAUUCGUUAUUGUGAGUUAAAUGUGCCAUUAAUUGAAGCUUUAUGUGCGUAUUUGCAUAUUUUAAAUAUUAACAGUAUAUCCGAUAGACUGAACUAAGCAUUUGUAACAAUUUUACAAAAGACAAUUUAUGGAAUAGUCUUUAUACCAAAUAUGUGAAAGUUAUUUUUGUUGUUUUGUUGAUAUAUUUCAAUAUACUUUUUAAGUGACAAAUAUAUUUAUCCUCGUAUAACUGGAUUAAAACAAUAUUCGGUUCAUGA